GCGAAGAUGUCCGGGCGCGGGAAGCAGGGCGGGAAGGCGCGCGCCAAGGCCAAGUCGCGCUCGUCGCGGGCCGGGCUGCAGUUCCCCGUGGGCCGCGUGCACCGGCUGCUGCGCAAGGGCAACUACGCGGAGCGCGUGGGCGCCGGCGCCCCGGUGUACCUGGCGGCCGUGCUGGAGUACCUGACGGCCGAGAUCCUGGAGCUGGCGGGCAACGCGGCCCGCGACAACAAGAAGACGCGCAUCAUUCCCCGCCACCUGCAGCUGGCCAUCCGCAACGACGAGGAGCUCAACAAGCUGCUGGGCAAGGUGACGAUCGCGCAGGGCGGCGUGCUGCCCAACAUCCAGGCCGUGCUGCUGCCCAAGAAGACUGAAAGCCACAAAGCCAAGAGCAAGUAAAGCAGGCGGGGGAAGCGUCGCGAGCCCAGCAGCGAAACCCAAAGGCUCUUUUCAGAGCCACCCACAGAGUCGCAAAAGAGCUCGAGAUGCUGCGAAGCGGGUGCCGCUUGGGCGGUUGCUGCGUUCGUGUUUUUCUCGUGGGGGUUUGCGUUGUUGGGCUUGUCUUCACUGUGUGCAGCCCCGGCCGGUUGAGCGUGGCCGAAUUUUCGUCGCCGACGGGGAUCAGUGGGAGCAGUGUGUUGCCGGCGCGCGGGGAGCUGCUGGGCUGGCAUGAGCGCGGGAGGAGGGGAGCGCGGAAUGGGAUCGGCGCAGCCGAUGGUGGCCUGCGCGCGGGCUUUUGGAGAUCGCCCGGGGGUUUUAGUCUCCCCAGUCACGGGCCCGCGUAAGCGGUGCUGCUAGCGGCGGCCGGGAGGAGUUGGUGGCCGUG